UCUCUCCAUAAAACCCCUGCUCUCCAUUCCCUCAAUUUUCAUUCCGAGCCACCAUAGUCCAUGCAACCAUGAGCAACCUCAUCUUCUCCCUCUCACUCCUCCUACUUUCUCUCCUCCAAUGCACCACCACCCUAGCCCAGUCCCCGGCAUCCCCACCGGUCCCCCAGCCAUCCCCACCAGUCCCCACGGCAUCCCCACCGGUCCCUUCUGGCCCCCCAAACAUAACCAAAAUCCUCGAAAAAGCCAGCCAGUACACCGUCUUCCUCCGCCUCCUGGCCACCACUCAAGUUGCCAACCAAAUCAAUAGCCAACUCAACGACUCCAGCAAUGAAAUGACCAUAUUUGCCCCCUCCGACAGCGCCUUCUCCAGCCUCCAGGCCGGCACCCUCAACUCCCUCUCCGAUCAGGAAAAGAGCGAGUUGGUCCAGUUCCACAUGAUCCCCACAUUCCUCUCCAUUUCCCAGUUCCAGACCGUCAGCAACCCGUUGAGGACCCAAGCCGGCGACACCAGGGCCUGGAAAUUCCCUCUUAACGUCACCACUUCCGGCAGCCAGGUGAACAUAACCACCGGCAUCGAUAACACGACGGUGAGCAGCACGAUUUAUACGGAUAACCAGCUCGCCGUUUAUCAGGUGGAUAAGGUGCUCCUUCCCUGGAGUAUAUUCGGGCCUCAACCGCCGGCUGAGGCGCCGGCGCCGGUAACGCCGAAGAAGAAGAAGGCGACGGCAGCCGACGCUCCGAACAAUGCGGAUACUUCUGGUGCGGGGAGUGCGUUCGUGGAUGUAAACGUAAUGGUGCUGGUGAUGUCCGUUGUGAUUGCUGUUUGUGCGGGAUUUGUAUCGUGACGAUGAACGGUGGUGAUUGAGCUAAGUGGAGGGUGGGGUCCAUUCCUCCAGAGUCUGGUUGUAUAUUGAGGCUUCUCUUUUCUUUUCUUUUCUUUUUUUUCUUUUCUUUUUUUUACCACUAUUUGGUUAUUGUUUCCUUUCUUUUGGGUGUAAUUUUUUUUUUCCUCUUCUUUCCAAUUGUUGUUGGUGAACUUGAUGAUCUUGGUUUUACCUCAUAAAGUUUUUUUUUUGAACCAAA